AAACGGCAUCAGGAUUGCUAUCUUUUGAAUAAAGCACUACGCUGAAAGUGUUGGAUACUGACCGACGCGCUCCAUAUUUUACCGCAGCAUCGACAAUAUGCCGAAAAGAAAAUCAUCCUCCGUCAAGGAUGCUUUGUCGGCUCUCACCGAUGUUCUUUCGGAACGGGAAAAGGCUCUGGAAGAAGGCGAAGAAAAGCUUCGAAGAGAACGAGAAGCACUCGAAGCACUCGAAGCGGAGAAAGCUUCUUUUUACGGCGAAACCAAACCUAGCGACGUUCUCCAUCUCAACGUCGGUGGUACCAAAACAAGUGUGCUUAGAAGAACCCUCACUUCUGUUCCCGGUAGUAUGCUGGCCGCAAGAUUCUCGGGACGAUGGGACGACAGCUUGGAAAAAGACAAAGACGGUCAUUUUUUCAUUGAACAAAAUUUCGAAACGUUCGAAAUAAUGCUCAAGUACCUCCGAAACAAGGCCAAUGGAACCGAAAAGUAUAGUAUUGCGUCACCGUCUUUGCGUAGGGAACAAAAACAAGAUUUUUAUCGAAUGCUUCACUAUUUCGGGAUGACAGACGGCAUUUACCCUACGAAGCUGAUGAUGAAAACAGUACCCAAGAUUGAAGAUGCGGUUGAAAUCAUCGGUACUAAAAAGGUUAUUGCAAAAGAGUUCACCACGUUUCAGAUGGCUCCGGAUGGACACAGCAGGCGCGUAAAAGGAUUCGAAAUAAGACUUGGUACCACCCAGCGCAUCCAAGUGGGUUGGUCAUAUAAGAAUGAUGAUGUUAUGGAGAAAAGUGUCGGACAUUAUGAGGGUUCUUUUGCCCUUGACCUAACGGGUAGCUCGUUUCUAGUAGGCGGAGGAGCCAAAAGACUCUCUUAUAUCGAACACCCCGAGGGAACUGUUGUACGUUCAGAAAAUUUCGGAAGAACUUGGUAUGUGAAUGGGGAACUCUUGACUGUGAAUGCUAGUAAUGACCAAGUCGAAAAGAUAUGGCGGCGGUAUUGGAGUAACCUUGAAAGUUUGAGGCCACUUAUUUCCAUUGAAGGAGAAGUGGAGGUUACUUCGGUGGAAUUAGUGGAUUGACACAGCCAAUACGGAUAGUGAAAUUUCUUUAAUAUAGUGACUUUUGAAUCUAUAGAUGUACGUCACAAAAAUUGUUUUACUUUAGUUUUAGAUGAACUCGGUACCGAUUCGAUGUUAACUUUGGAUGGCGGUUUGUUUCUACGAAAUGUACACAGGCACCGUAUCGCGUUGAAUGGAUGAAUGCAUGAUUUUGAUGCCAUGCCAUCUCCGUGACAAAGGUAGCCUUUCGAAAAGCUCAGUCUGAGAUCAGAAAAACACAAGAGAAGCCUGUCGCUACCCACCCGAACCGAGCGGAAACGUCCGCAAGAACCCUUGGCCUGUCGAUGCGAUUAGCCGCCGAAUAACAGCGAGCGCCAGUUUCGGCUUAGUGAUACAUACCUUGCCUUCAUACAGUCUUCGGCAUGCAACCUGCUGCAUCAAUCCUCAUCCUUUCGUGCGUGAUUCGUUCCAAGAGGAAAAAGGUAGUCUUUCAUCCUUCGUGCGUGCAAACCUACGAGCGUUGAUCCGUGGAGUUGUUCCAUCCUGGUGGUCCCAACAUCUGUUCCCAGUGAAAUCCGAGCCGUGAGCUACGGUAAAAGUUAACGAAUUGUAGGCGACAAGGCUUGUUUCCCGGCUUCGUUCCCUUCGAUGCUCCAAAACGCAAGACGGCAUCCCCCCAACCCGUCGUGUUGUGCCGUGUUUUGUCGUGUCGUGUUGGGUUUCGCCCGUUUCCUCGAUUUCGCCCCCGUCCAACUGUU